GUGGUGAACAUGGAAAGGCACGUGUGCUUGGGGUUUAUUCACUUUCAUGGGGGAAUAAUCAUGUUGGCCAUAAAUUUCAGUGAAAUAUAAUAUAACCCUUAGUGUAUGGGCAUGCAGACCUUUUAACAAGAAGCAAUUGGUCCCCACUCCCCUCCAAAAUUUGUUUGUACCAAUAUCAUUUGUAAAGAUAAAUUAAUGUUUGAUAGAUUCGCAAUAGUUUUGUAGUUAAAUUUUCAUUUUUCAAUGCACGAAUUGCGAAGUUUGAAAGAGAGGUCAAUUCUCAUUUAUCAAUGCAUGAAUUGCAAAGCAAGAAGAGAGAGGUUCGAACAGAAGAGUUAACUGUAAGAGCCUUGCACAAAAAAUGAAAUUGAGCGACUAUUAGAGGGUGUUUGGUACAUUUACUCCAAUACACAUUUUAAUUUUUAAACAACAUUAUAUGUAUUUUUAUAUUUUUUUUUCAUACAUGUUUUCAAAUACAUAUACCAAACACCCCUUUAGUCAUGUGACCUCUCUAGUCGGAGUUCUCAAUGGCUAUAACAAGGAGGAUCAACAUCGGACGGUUGGGAAUGAUUCGAAUUCUGAGAAAUCUACGGCUCUGAUUGCUCGUAACUUGCUUGGUGGUGGGUCUAACUCUUUUUCUUCUUCAACCUCUAAGCUUGUGGUUGAUUCCCAGGAAUUGGACCUCGACUUGCAGGUCCCAAAUGGCUGGGAAAAGUGCCUAGACUUGAAGUCAGGGAAAGUCUACCUACGAAGAUGUAGCACCCCAAAUUCACCUUCAAUCUCAGAUAAGAAGCACCAAAUCAAUUCAACAGUUCCAAGACUUCAGGAUUUAAAUUUUCCUCCUUCACCCUCGAAAAUCACAUUAAAUCUUUUUGAUGAAACUCCUCUGGAUUUAAAGUUGGUCUCAUCACCAUCUUCAUCGAAUAAUUAUCAAAGCGUAUGCACUCUUGAUAAGGUGAAAUCAGCACUCGAAAGGGCAGAGAAAGAACCACUGAAGAAGAGAGCAUCAUUUGGGAAAUCACCAUUGUCGCCUUCAUAUUCAUCGUCAUCAUCUUCGAUUAGAGAAACCCAAGAAGAAGACUUUGAAGAUAAAUUAUUAUCAUCACCAAUGGCAGCAGGGUGUCCUGGUUGCUUAUCUUACGUAUUGAUAACGAAAAAUAAUCCAAAAUGUCCUAGGUGCAGUUCUGUUGUCCCGUUACCGCUGAUAAAGAAACCUAGAAUUGAUCUCAACAUAUCUAUCUGAAUGAUUAAAGAAUACUAUGAUUAUGGCUUAUAUCCACUAUUUUUAAUUUUGUAGAUGAUAGAUGAAAUUAGAGUUGGAGAAAUAGAUUUGUUAGUAAAAGAAGAAUAUAUGUAGUAUGUACAUCAUAAAGGGAUGGUGCCGGUAUUAGUGUAGUUGAUAGAAGUUUGAUUUAUUCAGAAUCUUUUAUCAUAUUUUCGUCCUUUAUAUUUUAACUGUGUCAUUCGCUUUUCUUUUUA